UCCAGAAAUUGUGAACAUGUCGUCAUUCGAUUACCCCGUACUCUCACGUGCUGACAUUAUCUCAAUCCUGGCGGAGUCACAGAUCGCCGCCGUCACCGACAACGAUUUCAAGAAUAUCAAACCCGAUUUCGUCUCUAAUCUCUACACGCGCCUCCUAAUCUACCUCGACGCUCUCAACGAGGAAGACCAAGGGCAAGUAGAGUUUUCAGCACUUGAACAAAUUGAGAACCCGGAUCUUCUAAUUGGGUCAUUCCAGAUUAUAAAUUUGUACUGCAGGCUAAGAGAAGUGAUGGAGUCUCUUAAAUGUCCGAUGCCUUUUAACCUUAGGGAUUUGGUUAAACCUGACCCGCGUCGGACAGAGCAUUUCCUCAGCGCAAUCCUCAAUUUCUGUCUUUACAAAGAAACAAAAAUGAAUCUUCUAAGACCGAUCGUAGAGGAACUGGCCCUUCUAGAUGAUCAGCGGAAGGAGCAGGAGACUAAGAUUUCUCAGUUGAAUGCAGAGAUUGCAGGUUAUAGUGAAGCAAAAGAAAGAGAGUUACCCCUAGUUCAAGAGGUAGAAUCAAAAGUUAAAGAAUUGCGUGAGAUGAUUGCUGUCUUCAACAGUAAUCAGAUGUCACUGAGAACUUCUAUUCGGAAUUUGAAAGAGAAGAAUGGGCAAAUGGAUGAGAAGAUUUCUAAGGCCGAGUUUGACCUGGUUCAGAGUGUACAAGAAAAUGCAAAUCUACGUUCAAAAAUAGUUCAGUCACCAGAUAAAAUACAGAGAGCUUUAGAGGAGAAGAAAUUAGCAAGAGAUGAUGCAAAGAAUGCAGAAAGGUCAGCUAUGGAGUCUUUUCAACAUAAAACUGCUACUGUUGAGGUCUAUAGCAAGGCUCUUAAGAAAAUGUCGAAGCACUUUGCCUUGAUGCAAGCUAUACAUGAACAGGUGAAUUCCGCAAAAUCAGUUGAAAAAGAAUGCAAGAGUAUGAAAGCUAAGUUAGGUGAUGAUGCAGUGUUAGACAAGUCACUCGAGGCUAAACUGAUUGAACGGCAAGGAAAAGUUGGACAGUUGGAAGAACACUUAAGGCAGUUACAGAAAGAAAGAGAUCUCAAGUUUGAGGAAUCUACUAAACAUUUGAACAGUGUGAAGUCAGAGUUGUUGUCUAAGCGGCGUGAGCUGGAAGCAAGGCAAAAGAAGGUUGAAGAUGUGGUGACAGAGGUGGACUCCAUUACAUUAAAGACCAGUAUCGUAAAAGAAUCUGGAGCUGCUAAAGUUCAACAGUUAAUUAGUAAAAGUGAAGAGCUUGUAAAACAGUUUCAAGAAUAUUCAUCCUCUAUUGGACUCCUAUUGCCAGUGGAUGAGAGUGGGACCAAGCAACUUGAUUCAGUAGCAAUAAUCAGCAUUUAACUUGCAUUUCAGGAUGCCACUCUAUUGUGAAAUGCAUUUUCUCGGAGAUGUAAGUUAUUACUUCUUGCAGUGACUUUUCGUGGUAUUAUGUAGAGAUAUGUAAAGGUUGUGGUGUUGCCCUUUCGCAUGUUUGUUGUUGCUAAGCUGAUGUGUUG